GAUGUAGACAGAAAUUGGAUAGAGAGAUAACAGACCGUGGCAGCAGACAUUUCUACCACCACCACCAUAUUCCUUUCAUCUUUCCUUUUACAGAUUCUUUAUAGCUUAGUUUUAGUGUUUUUAUGAUAUGAACCAAAACUCUUUCUUUUCUUUUCUCUCAUUAUUAUUAAUUAAUUACUUUUGAGUACUGGCUAUCUCUUGAAAUUCUCCACAAGUUGCUUACAAGAACCAAAGUUAUUUUUGAUAUUUAUCAUAUUUUGAGAGUAUUAAAGUAGACCUUCUCUCAUAUUUUUUGUUGCUUUAUCUAUGUCUCUGUGGUGUUUCUGACUUGAUAACUAGAAUUAAUUACCUUUGGAGAAUCUUGUUUUGGCCCAUUGUUUCUUUUUUGAGCUUUGUUUUAGUAGCUUACUGGGUAAUGAUCAAAAUUCUUGCUCGAAUCUUGAGGAUUCUUUCUUUGGCUUUUUGCUGUUUCUUUAUCAAUUCAGCAUUCCUCUAAUUUGAAGAAGAUAGCAUCAAAUUGACUUUCACUUGUUUUACUCUAUCUAUAUUCCUCAUCAUCUGUAGUGGUGUUAGGUUCAGUGAAGUGCUUAUUAUUUGUUGGAUGAGUUUGAUCCAUGUAAUUGGGUUCGGUUUGAAAUUGGGGAACUUACUGUUGACUCUAUGUUGGUGGUUAGUGUCAUUGAUGUCCAUGAAUUGGUUAAAUAAUGGUAGCAAGAGUUUGGUUGGUGAUGGGGAGCAGAUAUUGAUGAAAUUGUGGGAAGGUAUAGCAGAGCUGAGUGCUAAGAUUUACCAUUGUUACCCUCGGUAUGUCGUAGGAAAAAAGUGGUGGAGGAAGCUUUUGAUAGCAUGGGUAUUAUUUUGGAUACUCGUAUCUUUUUCAGUAUUCUGGUACAUGAGCACUCAAGCUUUUGACAAGAGAAAAGAAACACUUGCUAGUAUGUGUGAUGAGAGGGCUCGGAUGUUACAGGAUCAGUUCAAUGUUAGUAUGAAUCAUGUGCAGGCCAUGUCCAUUCUCAUCUCUACUUUCCACCAUGCCAGGAACCCUUCUGCUAUUGAUCAGGGUACUUUUGCAAGAUAUACAGAAAGAACAGCGUUCGAGAGGCCUCUUACAAGUGGGGUGGCAUAUGCAGUAAGAGUGCUCCACUCAGAAAGAAAAGAGUUUGAGAAGCAACAAGGUUGGAGUAUUAGGAGAAUGGAUACACUUGAACAAACUCCAGUUCACAAAGAUGACGAGUAUGAUAGAGAUGGCCUGGAGCCAUCACCAGUUCAGGCGGAAUAUGCCCCUGUUAUUUUUGCACAGGAUACUAUUGCACAUGUAAUUUCUGUUGAUAUGCUCUCCGGAGAGGAAGAUCGCGAGAAUGUUUUACGUGCGAGGGCAUCAGGAAAGGGUGUUCUCACGGCUCCCUUCAGGCUACUUAAAACAAAUCGCCUUGGAGUGAUAAAGACAUUUGCAGUUUACAAAACCGAUCUUCCUUCUAAUGCAACUCCAAAUGAAAGGAUCCAAGCAACUGACGGGUAUCUUGGUGGAGUCCUUGACAUUGAGUCGCUUGUAGAGAAGCUUCUUCAGCAGCUUGCAAGCAAGCAAACUAUCCUUGUAAAUGUGUAUGAUACAACUAAUAUCUCCCACCCUAUUAGCAUGUAUGGUUCAAAUGUGUCAAGUGAUGGUGUGGAGCAUGUCAGUGCCCUCAACUUUGGGGAUCCAUUUAGAAGGCAUGAGAUGCGCUGCAGAUUCAAACAGAAACCACCAUGGCCUUGGCUAGGCAUCACAACUGCCACAGGAAUUCUUGUAAUUGCAUUGCUUAUUGGGCAAAUAUUUCAUGCAACAAUAAACAGAAUAGCCAAAGUUGAGGAUGAUUAUCAUGAGAUGAUGGUGCUAAAAAAGCGUGCUGAGGAUGCUGACGUUGCAAAAUCACAGUUUCUCGCUACUGUUUCCCACGAGAUCAGGACCCCCAUGAAUGGUGUUCUUGGCAUGCUUCAUAUGCUUAUGGACACCAAUCUAGAUGUGACACAACAAGAUUAUGUCAGUACAGCUCAGGCUAGCGGUAAAGCUUUAGUUUCACUAAUAAAUGAGGUUUUGGACCAAGCAAAGAUAGAAUCUGGUAAGCUUGAGCUUGAGGCCGUCUGUUUUGAUGUGAGAGCUACUCUGGAUGAGGUUCUCUCGCUCUUUUCGGGGAAAUCUCAAGAAAAAGGAGUUGAGUUGGCAGUUUACAUCUCUGAUAAGGUUCCCGAUGUGCUCAUUGGUGACCCUGGACGGUUUCGUCAGAUUAUCACAAACUUGAUGGGAAACUCUAUCAAAUUCACCGAGAAAGGUCAUAUAUUUGUGAUGGUCCAUCUUGUCGAGGAAGUGAUAGAGUCAUCUGAGGAGUUCAAGAUGGAAUCGUCGUUAAAGCACACUUUGAGUGGCUUGCCUGUAGCUGAUAAACGACAGAGCUGGAGAAAUUUUGUAGCUUUCAAUCAAGAAGGAUCCGCUUCUUUCACAUCUUCCUCGCUGGGCCAGAUCAAUCUGAUAGUUUCAGUAGAAGACACUGGUGUAGGAAUUCCUUUAGAAGCUCAAUCUCGUAUAUUCACCCCCUUCAUGCAGGUUGGUCCUUCUAUUGCUCGCAUCCAUGGGGGAACAGGUAUUGGACUUAGCAUAAGCAAAUGUUUGGUUCAACUUAUGAAGGGUGAAAUUGGAUUUGUAAGUUUGCCAAAAAUUGGAUCCACCUUUACUUUUACUGCUGUUUUCACCAAUGGCCGCUGUAAUUGGAAUGAGCAGAAAAGCAAACAAAUCAACAAUCCGUCAAACUCUGUUUCUUCGGAAUUCCAUGGCAUGAGAGCCUUAAUUGUUGACCCAAGAACUGUCCGUGCUAGGGUCUCACAGUAUCACAUGAAACGACUUGGAGUUCAUUCUGAAGUGGUUUCAGAUUUGAAUCACUGUUUGUCUUACUUAAGAACUGACAAUAGGGUCACAAAUAUGAUCCUCAUUGAACAGGAGGUCUGGGAUACUGAUUUGGGAAUGUCAAUUCUCUUUGUCAAAAACUUAAGAAAUAUCGAUGCUAAUGACCCUCCUAAACUAUUUAUAUUAGCUAAUGCUAUAAAUUCUAACCGAGUUGGUGUAGCCAAUGGUCUUUCUUCUCCAUUUGUCAUCAUGAAGCCACUAAGGGUGAGUAUGCUUGCUGCAUCGCUUCAACGUGCCAUGGGUGUUGGUAACAAAGGGAAUUGCACGAACGGAGAGCUCUCCGGUUCUUCUCUUUCCAAGCUACUUCAAGGGAGAAAAAUUUUGGUUGUGGAUGACAAUAAUGUGAACCUUAGAGUAGCUGCUGCUGCGCUGAAGAAGUAUGGUGCUGAUGUUGUCUGCACAGACAGUGGAAAAAAGGCAAUCACUUUCUUAAAACCACCUCAUCAGUUUGAUGCAUGUUUCAUGGAUAUUCAGAUGCCAGAAAUGGAUGGGUUUGAAGCUACAAAGAGAAUCCGCGACAUGGAAUCUGAUAUCAAUAGCUGUAUCCAACUCGGACAACUUCCUGUUGAAGCUUAUGGAAAUGCUUCAAGCUGGAAAGUGCCCAUUUUGGCCAUGACUGCUGACGUGAUUCAAGCUACAAACGAACAGUGUCAGAAAUGUGGAAUGGAUGGUUAUGUGUCGAAGCCAUUUGAGGCCGAGCAACUUUAUCAAGAAGUGUCGCGCUUUUUUCACGUCAAACCAAAUCAGAAUAGCUGAAGAUCAGUAGAAAUGCCAUUUUCUUCAUGGUGCCCAAACUUGAUUACUACUGCAAGUUAAGAGUGCGAAUCUCCGAAACUUAACAGACAAAGUACAUAAAACUUCAAGGAUUGCUUUUGGAUUCUUUGUUGGGGUCUGAUCUGACAUCUUACAAGCUUGAGGAGCAGAGGAGUUGAAUGUAACCACUUGAACUUCUGCUUCUCUCAUCAAGGAAAAACCUUUCUUAAAGAGUUGUCAAUCCUUUUGAUGGCUAGUCUCUUGAGGAAUGGAUGAUGCUUGUACCAUAGAGAGUGAUCUAGUUGAUUUAGGAACAAACAUUGUUUGUCAGCAGAAACACGUUUCAUGUGUAUAUUCUCAAAUCCUAUAGGGCACAUAGGAAAGUAGUCAUAAUAGGUAAAAGGUUAGUUCAGUCAUAGUUGGCAUAAACAUAGGGACAUCAAACAGUUGAAUUGCUUCUUUUCCCUUUGUGUAUAGUACAAAGAACAUGUUUUUGAUGUAGGACAUUUUGAUAUCAAGUAUAAAGUAAGCAUUCAAAUGUUGCUUCUGCA